AUGGCAACUCAAACUAACAAACAACGUUUCACAGAUGGACUUGCAAAAGUCUUGGAAGAACAAUGGCAAGUUGACGUACGGCUCAGGGCAGGGGUGGACAAUGAUGACGGUUCAUUUAUAUCAGUCCACAAACUUAUUCUGGCAUCAAGAUCGGAGGUUUUUAAGAUGAUGCUGGAUUCGGAUGAUGUUAAAACUGAGGCUAAGAAGAUGGAGACAAUCACUCUAUCAGAGAUGAGAAAUGAAGAGUUAAAAGCUUUUGUUGAGUUUAUGUAUAGUGAUGGUACUAUGCUUUCUCCGAAAUCUAACCAACACAUACUGGUUAUAGCUAUGGUAACUCAAACCAACCAACAGAAAUUCUCGGGUGGACUUGCAAAGGUCUUAGAAGAACAAUGGCAAGUUGACGUACGACUCAAGGCAGGCGUGGACAACGAUGACGUUUCAGCUAUAUCCGUCCACAAACUUAUUCUGGUAUCAAGAUCGGAGGUGUUUAAGAGGAUGCUGGAAUCGGCCGAGGUUAAGACUUUGGCUGAGCAGGUCGAGACAGUCGCUCUAUCAGAGAUGAAAAAGGAAGAGUUAGAAGCUUUUGUUGAAUUUAUGUAUAAUGAUGGCACGAUGCUUUCUCCGAAAUCUAAGCAACACGUUCGGUCACUCUAUCUUGCCGCUGACAAAUACGAAAUCCCUCAUCUACGUGAUCUAUGCAGAAACGAAAUUAUAUCUUCUCUUGAUCUGUCGAAUGCUCUUGACUGCCUUGAGCUUGCUCAGAUCCCUUUCGACAAUGACCUCCACGAAGCUGCUUUCCUUUUUGUCAAAACCAAUAUAUAUACCAUAGCUAGCUCUGAGGUCUUCAAGUUAUUCGUAGUCAGUAACCCAAACCUUGCCUGGGAUAUAAUGAAGGCUUCUCUGUCUUGUCCAAGUCACAAUUUCUGCGGGGUCUGUACUAGCUGUAGUAACUACUGUAAUUACUGCUAA